AUGCGUAUACUUCGCUGGAGACUUAAAUUAGCGGAAUAUGAUUACGAUGUAGUAUAUAAAGCCGGCAAAACUAAUGUAAAUGCCGUCGCUUUAUCUAGAAAUCCAGUAGAUUACGAUGAAAGAAUCUGUAAUGUAGUUAGACAUAAUAAAAUCUUAAAUCCUAAUGACCCAAAAGACGCAGAAAUUAUAGUCGAUUUAUUAGAAGAAACAGACGAAGAAGACGAAGACUUUGAAUUCAUGGCCCGAAUCGUUUACGCGUACUUCAUAUGCAAACUGAUCGAGCUGCUUGACACAGUUUUCUUCGUUUUACGUAAGAAAGAUCGACAGAUCACGCGCCUGCAUCUUUAUCAUCAUUCUACAAUGUCGGUCUGCGCCUGGAUCGCUGUGGAAUUUUUUGCCGAUGGUCAUCCGACUCUCAUUGGACUCGUCAACGCCUUCGUCCACAUCAUUAUGUACACCUAUUACAUGCUGUCUGCGUUCGGGCCGCAAAUGCAGAAGUAUCUUUGGUGGAAAAAGCAUCUGACCGCCAUACAGAUCGUGCAGUUUGUUAUAAUAUUUUGCCACAAUUUUCAAAUGCUGUUUACUAGCUGCAACUUCCCGAAGUUUAUUUCCUUCUUUUUCACACUCAACUCCAGCGUAUUCAUGUAUAUGUUCGGAUUGUUUUACAUAAAAAUUUAUUUAAAGUCAAAUGUGCGACGGGAAUUAAAGAUUAAUGGUGCUACCAAUGGGGACUGUCCCGAUUGCGCACAUAAACUAUCGGACACAAGAGCAUUUCCCAAUCGGACACGGACCCGAUCGGACACGGAUCCUAUUGCACACGGAACCGAUCGGACACGGACUCGAUCGGACACGGACCUGAUCGGACACGGACCCGUUUGGACACAAACCCGAUCGGACACAGUAAUGAUCGGACACACAUCGUUUCAAUCGGACACGGAACCGAUUGCGCACGGACUCGAUUGCCCACAGACCCUAUCCAAGAUGAUUCAUGUGACGCUUUAG